AUGGCCGCCGCGUCGUUCGCGCUCGCGCUUGUGCUCUACCUCGGCCUCGACCUCCCCGAGGCGUCGCCGUCGCAGUCCUAUGCCGCCGACCCGGACACCGCUGUCGAGAUUUCCUACGGAUCAGUGAUCAAGUUGAUGCAUGAGAGGACCAAGUUUCGGCUGCAUUCCCACGACGUGCCGUAUGGAUCUGGUAGCGGCCAGCAAUCGGUCACCAGCUUCCCCAAUGUGGAUGACGCUAACAGCUACUGGAUUGUGAGACCUCAACCGGAUACUUCAGCAAAACAAGGUCAUGCUAUAACACCUGGAACAAUCGUCAGGCUUCAACAUAUGAGGACUAGAAAGUGGUUGCACAGCCAUCUGCAUGCUUCUCCCAUUACGGGGAAUCUGGAGGUUAGUUGCUUUGGUGGUGAGGGUGAGUCAGAUACAGGAGACUAUUGGAUGCUCGAGAUUGAGGGCGGUGGGAAAACAUGGCGUCAAAACCAACGAAUUCGGUUGCGCCAUGUUGACACUGGUGGCUAUCUGCACAGCCAUGACAGAAAGUAUACCCGCAUUGCAGGCGGACAGCAAGAGGUAUGCGGUGUUGGCGACAAGCGACCCGACAAUGUCUGGCUUGCAGCUGAAGGUGUCUACUUCCCCGUGAGCCAGGCCAAAUAG